CUCCUAUUCGGUGAAGCUACAGCUUAGUAAUUUUGUACUUGUUUCCAACUCACUCGAGGAAAUCUAUAAUUUUAUUUAUCACUAUUUCUGCCAUUGUUCUUGCAGCCAACUACACAGCAGGUAUCGUGACGCAUUUUAUUAAUUUUUGCUUAAAAUGCACAAAUAUGUAAAUUUCUUAAGUAAAAAGUGACAUUUCGUCGGACAGAUGUUCCGUUUUAGCCACGGUACGCGCUGCGAUCGAUUCGUGUUCUCCCACCUACUUCGCACCCAGCGAAUAGAAACGUUCCAUAGUCAUGCCGACCGCUCAUUAUCGACAACCGUUGGCGCUGAGCUUUGCGAGGCCAUAAGCAUGAUAGCAUUCGGUUUACACUUUUAAUCUUUGAUUUAAGUGAUAUUAGUCUUGCCAAAUUAAAUAUUUUAACUUAAUGUGACAAUAUUUAUUUUCAAAGUGAAUAGGAAAAUACUAGAACGGAGAAUGAGACUACGCCUCAUAACGUUAACUGAUCAAAUAUUUCUAAAAAAAGUCUUUAAUGGAUAAAUAUUACGACUUCUAUUGCAGAUUUAAGAUAUAAGACCAAGAUACCAUACUUUUAUGAUUUUUUUAUUACAAUCGAUAUAUGAGAAUUGAAUUGAAUUGAAUUCUAGUCAUUCACGAAUAUAUUCACCCCUUCCCUAAUCCCUAGUGUCAAGCAAAAUAUCAAACACAAUCGUGACGUGUUUCGUGUUAAUUUUCCUGAUUAUUCAAGGAAAAGUGGCAUAAACAAAGCAAUUUAUUUAUUUCUAUUUCAUCGGUUAACUACGUUAUCAUAGAAUUUGUCAUUUUUAGCGUUAUUUGAGGAGUCUUGCAAAUUUGAGGUUAAAAAAUGCCGAAGUAUUAUUGUGAUUAUUGCGAUACAUACUUGACUCACGAUUCACCUAGUGUUAGAAAAACACAUUGCACAGGAAGAAAACACAAAGACAACGUGAAGUUUUAUUAUCAGAAAUGGAUGGAAGAACAAGCACAGCAUCUCAUCGACGCAACAACAGCGGCGUUCAAAGCUGGUAAAAUCGCUCAAAAUCCGUUUGGAAAUAAAGGUGCAGCUAUUCCGCCACCGUGGGAUCCUUCAGUAAUGGGUCCAGGGGGACCCCGACCACCUGUUCCCGCGCCUGGAGGUCCACCUGGUAUGCUUCCACCACCCACCAUGGGACCUGGAGGGCCUAUGGCACCACCGAUGAUGAUGGGACCACACGGUCCUAUGCCACCCAUGGGUAUGGGUAUGGGAAUGAGACCACCUAUGAUGGGACCACUCAUGGGACCUAUGGGACCAAUGGGCCCAAUGGGUCAAAUGAGACCACCUUUAAUGAAUGGACCACCAAUGAACAAAUAGUGUAAUAAAUUUAUAAACUUAUAGUGAUAGUGAUUAAGUUUUAGUGACCAUUCUGUUUUGUGAACAGUUUCAACUACUUUUCUGUUGGUUUUAAACAUGUGUUUAGCACUAAGUAAUAUACAACAUAAUAUUAAUGCAUAAAGUAACAAAUACAGAUA